AUGGCCUUCACAGACCUGCUGGACGCACUGGGCGGUGUGGGCCGCUUCCAGCUGGUCUACACGGCCCUGCUGCUGCUGCCCUGCAGCCUGCUGGCCUGCCACACAUUCCUGCAGAACUUCACAGCCGCCAUGCCCCCUGCCAAUAGCACGGAGGCCACCGCCAAUGACUCAGAGGCCUGGCUGAGGGUCACUGUGCCCCUAGACGAGCUCGGGACCCCCGAGCCAUGCCGACGCUUCACAGAGCCUCAGUGGGCCCUCCUGAGCUCCAACACCUCCACCCAUGGGAUGGCCACGGAAAGCUGUGAGGACGGCUGGGUCUACGACCGCAGUGUUUUCCCAUCCACCAUUGUGAUGGAGUGGGACCUGGUGUGUGAGGCCCGCACCCUCCGCGACCUGGCGCAGUCCAUCUACAUGGCUGGGGUGGUGGUGGGGGCCGCCGUGUUUGGCAGCCUGGCUGACAGGCUGGGCCGCAAGGCCCCCCUGGUCUGGUCAUACCUGCAGCUGGCCAUUUCGGGAGUCGCCACGGCAUACCUGGGCUCCUUCAGUGCCUACUGUGUCUUCCGAUUCCUGAUGGGCAUGACCUUCUCCGGCAUCAUCCUCAACUCCCUCUCGCUGGUUGUGGAGUGGAUGCCCACCCGAGGCCGGACUGUGGCGGGUAUCUUGCUGGGGUACUCCUUCACUAUGGGUCAGCUGAUCCUGGCUGGAGUGGCAUACCUGAUCCGCCCCUGGCGGUGGCUGCAGUUUGCUGUCUCUGCUCCUUUCCUGAUCUUUUCCCUCUAUUCUUGGUGGCUGCCAGAGUCAUCUCGAUGGCUCCUCCUUCACGGCAAGUCCCAGUUAGCUGUUCAGAACCUGCAGAAGGUGGCUGCAAUGAAUGGGAGAAAGGAGGAAGGGGAAAGGCUGACCAAGGAGGUGGUGAGCUCCUACAUCCAGAGUGAGUUUGCCAGUGUCCGCACCUCCAACUCCAUCUUGGACCUCUUCCGAACCCCGGCCAUCCGCAAGGUCACCUGCUGUCUCAUGUUGGUCUGGUUCUCCAACUCCGUGGCUUACUAUGGGCUAGCCAUGGAUCUGCAGAAGUUUGGGCUCAGCAUACACCUGGUGCAGGCGCUGUUUGGGAUCAUCGACAUCCCUGCCAUGCUGGUGGCCACAGCCACCAUGAUUUAUGUGGGCCGCCGAGUCACAGUGGCCUCCUUCCUCAUCCUGGCGGGGCUCAUGGUGAUCGCUAACAUGUUUGUGCCCGAAGACAUGCAGACCCUGCGUGCAGCCCAGGCUGCGCUGGGCAAAGGUUGCCUGGCCAGCUCCUUCAUCUGUGUGUACCUAUUUACUGGAGAACUGUACCCCACGGAGAUCAGGCAGAUGGGGAUGGGCUUUGGCUCAGUCAAUGCCCGUCUGGGGGGACUGAUGGCGCCCCUGGUCACCACGCUUGGGGAAUUCAAUGCCGUCUUGCCGCCCGUGGGCUUCGGGGCCACCUCAAUCCUGGCGGGACUGACUGUCUGCUUCCUGACGGAGACUCGUAACAUGCCCCUGGUGGAGACCAUCGCAGCGAUGGAGAGGAGAGUCAAAGAAGGCCCUUCCAGGCAGGAUGCAAAAGAGAAGAGUGAAGAAAUUUCUCUUCAGCCCCUGGGAACUUCUCCUCUAAAAGAAACUAUCUAG